AAACCCCUUUUUCUUCCUCCCUUCGCCGCCCCUCCUAUCGCACUCCUUCCUCCCUUUGCCGCCCCUCCUCCUAUCGCACUUCCUCCCUCCCCUCCCAUCGCACGUUCACCUUUCGUCCUCGCGUGGCUUGCCUCUCUGUCUCUUCGCUGUGCCGGUUAUAAUCCUUUGGAGAAGAGAGAGGUAUGCAAAGGAGGAAGGGAAGUGAGUAAAAAAUCUGCACACUCUCAACCGUCAAACAAGGGUGGUUCUACUGCACAGAGGCCUCCAUCUUCCCAUGCUCGAAGGAAUGAUGUUUCGUCUACUGGAAACCCUGCAAAUCAAGCUGCAAAAGUAACAAGGCCUUCACCUGCUGCUGCUGCUUCACCUACAUAUGAUGAACAGAUAACAGGAUUGAAGUUAUCUAUUGAUAGCCUUGAGAAGGAAAGAGAUUUCUACUUUGCAAAACUUAGAGACAUUGAAAUACUCUGUCAGACUCCUGGGAUAGAGCAUUCACCGGUUUUUGCAGCAAUACAGAAGAUAUUGUAUGCUACAGAUGACAAUGGAAAUGAGUUGGCUGAAGCACAGGCUAUGAUUUCUGGUUGUUUGCAGGAGCCAGAGCCAUUGAGCCCUAUUGCUGAGGUUUCUGAGGAGAAGAGCAGCUCUGAAACUCACAAGAGAAAGAUUAUUACCAAUCCUGAGUUUGAUGCUGCUGGCAGCGCUAAUUUGUCUCCUAGACAAAGGCUUUGUGAUGUUUCGGACCUUCACCAUAGCGGGUCACCUCUCAUGACUUGUUAAAGAAGGAAAAUUAGAGGAAUACUGUUUUGGUUACUGUAAUUUCUGAUUAUGUGUUGAGUGACAAUAAUUGUGACAAUUAUAUGUGGGUUCUAGUCUUUUAUGUCAUGAAUAUGGUAUAUGGUAUAUGUUGAUCCAAAAAUAUAGCUAUGAUUAUGCUUGGACUUGGCACUAUUUUAUUUUUCA